CGUGCAAGCUCUUCUUUGGGCGGACAACUCGAUGCAUUCUUCAAUCUACAUCGCCGGCCAGAUAUCACCGGACACUACCUUGUCCAAAUUCUCACUUCUUUCAACAACUUCAACGACCAUGGUGUACCCGCGUACUGCUUCCACCCGGGCCUAUGCCAUCGCCCUGUGCAGCCUAGCAAUGCCCCUCUCCACCUCUCAGAGAGACACAACAACCGUCGUGUGCGAAGUCUCGGACGGCGACAAGAAUUUCGGCGUUCGUGUCGUCAACGAUGUCGGUUGCCUCAACGGUGGACUUGGUUGCUACAAUGACCACUGCCGCUACUGCAAGCUCUUCGAUACACCCAAGUCAACGCGGUUUGAAAGCUGCGCCUUGUUCGGAGCAACCUUCCCCACCAUGGCACCGCUUACAGCCACCACUGGUUCAUGCGAAAUCUCUGAAGGAGAUGCUGCCGCCGGCAUCGCUGCGGUGGUUGAUGCCGAUUGUUCGUACGGAGGCCUCGGCUGCUUUAACGACCAUUGUCGAUUUUGCAAAGUGAAGGAGACGCCGGAAUCCACCGCGUUCCUCGGCUGCAAUGACUUCAAUGCGUCUACGAUCGUUACCGAUGUGCAGUCGGCCACUUUCACAGACUGCAGCACAAUUGCUGGUGCUACCGUCGUCGCAAAGCUCGCCACGGAUCCCCCGACAGACGUCCCCACGGAGACACCAAUUGAGCUUCCAACGGGGGUACCAUCCGUCGAUGGUACGUGCCAACAAGUUGCUGCACUGGGAGACAUCAAGGUUGGUAUCGUCAUCGUCACGGACACCACGUGUGCUACUGGUGGUAUCGGCUGUAUCACCGACGUGUGUCGCUACUGCAGGCUCGUAUACACGCGGCAGUCGGCUGCAUUCACGGAUUGUGGCAUGAUUCGUGGAACCGACGCACCAACGAAUACCCCCACUGCAAUUAUUGUUGGCACCGAGGCUCCCUCGGAAGCACCAACCAGAGCACCGGUGGACCAACCAGGGUGCCCCCAGGUAGUCUCGGCGGGUGACGCAUCAGUCGGGAUCAAUAUCGUCACGGACACGACCUGCUCAAGUGGCGGUCUGGGCUGUAUCGACACUGUUUGCCGCUUUUGCAAGACCCUCGACACGCCGCAAUCGACGACUUAUACGGACUGCACAUCCAUCACCGGGUAUUCUGCUGGCGCAGUUACCACCACCGACGCCCCGACCGAGGCUCCAACGGAUGCUCCGAGUGACGCCCCAACCGAGACACCCACAAUUGCUGUCUCGACCUCCGAAGCGUGCACUCAGGCUGCUUCCGAGGGCGAUGCCAGCGUCGGUAUCGGCCUCUUCACUGACACUUCCUGCGCGAGCGGAGGCGUUGGCUGCAUUGACGACGUGUGCCGCUUCUGCAAGCUCAAGUCCACAGAGCAGUCCGCAGCGUUCGUGGAUUGCCCUUCGACAUAG